AAAAGUGCCAUUAGGCGGGCCAAUUGGAAAAAUUGAACAAAACUGCCGAAAAGAAAAUAUGCCCCCCAAGGUAUUUUCAGGUUCUGCAAAUAAAGAAUUGGCUCUGGCAAUCGUUGAAACUCUGGGUUUAAAAUUAGGCGCUGUGGAAUUAAGUCGCUAUCCCGAUGGAGAAAUUAAUGUUGAGUUCUUAGAAACCGUGAGAGGCCACGAUGUCUUUAUUAUUCAGCCUAUCUGCCCACCCGUGAAUGCUCACUUGAUGGAACUCCUUAUUAUGCUUGACGCGCUUAAACGCUCUAGUCCAUCUAGGAUAACUUCAGUGAUUCCCUAUUACGGAUAUUCUCGACAAGACAGAAAACAUGGUCCGCGGGAGCCAAUUACAGCAAAACUGAUCGCGGACCUUAUCGAGGUAGCGGGUCCACAACGCAUGCUAUUCUUGGAUCUCCAUUCAAUUCAAAUACAAGGCUUCUUCAAUAUUCCGGCCGACAAUUUGAGCUCAGACUCGCUGUUUAUUGAUUAUUUUGUUGAAAAAAAACUCAGUGGUGCAGAUUCUACAAUUGUGGCAACAAAUGCAGGCGCUGCAAGGAGAGCUAGAGAGUUGGCCAAAAAGGUGGGAGCUAAAAUUGCAUUUGUAGAGACAAGGGUCCAUAGCGGUCAAAAAAUUUUAAACGUAGUUGGAAACUUAGAAAAAAAUUGUUUGUUAAUAGACGACAUGGUUGAUACAGGGGUGAGAGCACGCGAUGCUGCAAAAGUGCUCAAGACUAAUGGCGCUCAAAAAGUCUACCUUUGGGCUACUCAUGCCAUCUUAUCGUGUCACGCAGAUUUUCUACAAAACUCAGAAAUAGAUGAGGUUAUUCUCACCAAUUCCGUACCUGUUCCACCAUCUAACCGCUUCGCCAAACUUCGUAUUCAGUCCGUAGCGCCGCUACUAGCUCAAGCUAUCAAAAGAAUUCACGAAGAGAAAUCGAUUUCAGAAUUAUGUCAUCGUUUAUUGGACAGAGAAGCGUCGCUGAUAAAUGAGUAAAACAUUCGAAUAUAAACUUGCAUUCGAACGACUUAGCCGUUAUAUACUUUAAAAUCGCGCAUCAGACCACACUUCCAAAUUAAAAACGUCCAGUUCACGACUGAAAUUCUCCAAAUUUGAAUAGCGAUUCUGGUUUUAAUUAGUGAUUUGCAUACUCCAUUCAAAAAUGCAACAUUACGUAAGUAACGCGCUUGUUGGCACAAAAAUUUUUCUAAAUUGAUGCUUUAAAUUUUCCUCUAAAUCGAUGCUUUAAAUUUUCUUCUCAAUAGCAUCAAACUCGAAAAGUCACGCAUUUCUAAACCAGUUAUGUUUUCCAAACUGGGCUUGCAUUCGGCGACUUUGAUUUUAAGAUCUUCGGUUACUAUAAUUGUCACACGGAACUCUCGAUUGAAAUUUUUUUUAUCAAUGUUUGUGAAGAUAAAGCACACUUUCCCGACUUCUAAGACCUCGAUUUUUAAGCCCAGCAAUUUCUCAAAAAUGGAGCACUGGUUGGUGGCGUCAUCCAUUUUGAUUUUUUGGAUGCGUUUUUUUUUGCAAAGUUCGGCGCGCUUGUCGACCAGUUUAAGCUCAAGUGUUCUGACCCGAUCUUUGUAUUCUUGAACUUGUCCAGGGAGGAUUUUUUCUGAUUCUAAGAGUUUGGCAUGAUUGGAUUCCAACUGGUGAAGUUCAUGCUUUUUUUUUUCAGUUUCUAAAUGCAGCCGUUAAUCUGAGUGUUCUAUAGAGGAUUA